AUGGUGUUUGCAGUGGGCCCGCUGACCUCGCCGGACAGCGGGGGCGGAGACGAGGCGGCACUGUCCCCUGUCCUCGCCGGCGAAACGCCUCCCGCGGUACCCGUCUACUUUUUCGAGGCCGGGGGGUCGGAAAGUUUGUCCGCGAAGCUUGAGGAACACCCAUACCUCGAGUCUUGCCGCAAGGUGUCGGCGAUGGCGGGGUACGGGGGGGCGGACUUGCUGCUGUCGACGGAGUGGGGCAGGGGCAUGGAGGUAGACCUGCCGGAGCGAUGCUUCCAGGAGCUCUCUGCGGCGAGCGUCGCGCCGGCGGCGGUGGGGAGCGAAGCCGUGGCCAAGCUGGCCGUGGCCGUGAAGCCUAGGUACCACUUCGCGGCAUCAGAAGGGGCGUUCUUCCAGCGACCUCCUUACAGGAACUACGGAAGCAGCGGGUGCAUGCACACAACCAGGUUCAUCUCCCUGGGGGAGCUAGCCGCAGGGUCUGCGGCGCCCAAGGACAAGACCAAGAAGUGGGUGCACGCGCUCAACCUGGAGCCGAUCGCCUUCAUGAAGAAGGACGACCUCUCCAAGAGGUCUGCGGACACCACCGACUGCCCGUACGUGCCGGUCGACCCGAACAACAGGACGGUGUUCGUGGGCAACCUCCGGUCGGGCGACGUGUCUGCCGAGCAGUUGGAAGCUUUGUUCAGGGCCGCCGGACCGCUGUCAGGGCUCCCAGGCGCGGGCAAGAGCGGGUUCGGCGGCGGUCCCCACAAGGCUGACGGUCGUCUGGAGUGCUGGUUCUGCCUCGCGUCCCCACAGCUGGAGGAUCACCUCGUCUGCUCCGUGGCUGACGAAAUCUACCUGGCGCAGCCCAAGGGAGGCUUGGUCCCGGGGCAUGUGCUGAUCGUGCCCGUGUCGCACCAGCAGCGUUACAGCGAGCUUAGCGCCGAGGGGGCCAAGGAGGCCGAGCAGUACAAGGAGUCCUUCAAGAGGUAUUGCCUCAGCUGCGGGUGCGAGCCGUUCUUCUUCGAGCGCUGCGUCCCCACCAAGGGGGCUCAUCACCUGCACAUUCAGGCGGUGCCGAUUCCGGCUGGCGAGGGUUCUCGAGGAGCCCGGAUACUCAUGCGCUCCGAAGGCACCAGGCACGGCAUGACCUUCCAAGAGGUGCCGGAAGAUGCUGACCUGAGAGCGACGCUCAAGGAUGGGCCGUACUUCUACGCUGAGCUCCCGGGGGACGUUGUCGGGAGCAGGGUGCGGCUCAUACACAGGGGAGGCAACAUCGACGCUAGGGGAAACCGGCGUCACGUCCCCCUCCAGUUCGGGAGGGAUGUGGCCGCCAAGCUGCUGAGCAUGCCCGAGAGGGCCCACUGGAGGGACUGCUCGCUGCCGAAGGCCAAGGAGAUCCUACAGGCGGACAUUUUCAAGGAGGCCUUCAAGAGACAGUUGUAA